GCAAGCCGGAAGUAGUCGCUGUCCAAACAGGAAGAAGAAAUUCCACAUGGCGUAAGUUGACGGAGAGCUCGGGUCGCCUCACGGGUGACGGAACAGCGACUCGCUAGUUAUUUAGGCGGAGACCCUCGGCGUGAAAUAACGUCCCCUGUUUUUAGACCCGAAUUCGACCCCCACCCCCCGGCGGCCGAACCGAGACGCCCGCUGCGGUUGGUACACAGGAGGACCUUCGCGGUGUGGAAGUUCGCUCCCGUCUCACGCCAGUAGAUUCCCGCCCAGGCGGGCUCUCGGCGUUUCCCCGGCCGCUCUCCGACGUGUCCCCGUUUCUAUUUCGGCUCCGCCGCCGCCCCCCCCCCUCCCGUGCCCGGGGACUUAUGUUCGGCAACCCGGCGUCGGCUGUCUCCAGACUCUUGUCGCGCUACAGGGCUGUGGCUUUCGCCGCCCGCCGGCUCCUCGGCGGGAUGGAGCGGGCGGACGUGAGGUGCGUCGCCGGGGAGCCCAAGCUCACCAUCUCCUUCGUGCUGGACGGCAGCCGCAGGCACAUGCUGCGGGACCAGAGCGAGGAGCUGGGCAAAGUCCUGGCCCGCAUCGCCAAGAACGUCGCCAAAGGCCAGGGCAGGGCCAAGAAGUCCAAGAGAAACAAGGGCCAGCAGCCCUCCGAGGCCCCGGAGCCCGCCGACGUCAGGCUGCUCCGCGACGGGGAUCCGGUGGCGGAGGAUGUGGUGAACGCGGAGGCGUGGCAGGACGGGGCUGAGCUGCACAUCGGGGAGGUCCGAUACGCCGUCCAGAGGAACGCCCCCACUUUCACCGCCGCCGAGCUGCCGGCCUCCCUGCUGGCCGGCUUCCCCGUCUGCCCCAAGGUAGACAUCGAAUUCGGGCACCUGGAGGACUGCGAGUUUACCUGGUACAAAGAAAAGGUUAAUUCAAGCCCUGAACCAGGAGAGGAUGGGCAAGAACAGGAAGCGGUGUGGACCGUAGCGGGCAGUGGGCGGGUCCACAUCCCGUCCAAUCAGGACAUCGGCUCCAGGCUCAAACUUCACUGCACACCGAAAGACGGCGCGCGUCCCGGGCCGCCCAAGGAGCUGGUUUCCACGGGAACCGUGGAGGCUGGACCAGGAGCGUGCACGUUUGACAACAGGCACAUGUACACGCUUAAAGGGACAGAUGAGCAGACGGUGAGAGUGGUGUCGUAUAACAUCUUGGCUGAUAUCUACGCCCAGACAGACUUGUCAAAGACCGUCCUCUACCCCUACUGCGCCCCCUACGCCCUGCAGCUGGACUACAGGCAGAACCUGGUCAAGAAGGAGCUUGCAGGAUACAACGCUGACAUCAUCUGCCUACAGGAAGUUGAUACAGGGGUGUUCGUUGACAGUCUCGGCCCUGCGCUCGACGCCUUUGGUCUGGACGGUGUUUUCAGGGUCAAAGAGAAGCAGCACGAAGGACUCGGCACCUUCUACCGCAGGUCGAAGCUGAGGUUGCUGAGUUGCCAUGACAUCAUACUGAGCGAGGCGCUGACCUCUGACCCCCUCCAUGCUGGCCUGCUGGAGAGAGUGUCUGCAAACCCCACCCUAAAAGACAAGGUCCUGCAGAGGUCCACCGCCCUGCAGGCGAGUGUUUUUGAGGACCUGAGUGAGCCCUCUCGGAAGAUAUGCGUGGCCAACACCCACCUCUACUGGCACCCGAAAGGGGGGAAUAUCCGCCUGAUCCAGAUGGGCGUGGCCUUGCGACACCUGAGUCAUGUCAUCAGUGAGGUGGCACCUGGAGCUCCCCUACUCUUCUCUGGAGAUUUCAAUUCCACCCCUAACUCAGGUGUGUUCCUGUUGGCCGGCCAGGGUCACGUUCCAGAGAUCCACCCUGACUGGAACUCAAACGGCCCAGAGGAGGACUGUUGCAUGGAGCUGGCUUCCCCCUUCCCCCCCCUGCUCAGCGCCUGUGGGGAACCGGCAUACACCAACUACGUGGGCGGCUUCCACGGAUGCCUCGACUACAUCUUUCUGGAGCCGGGAAAGAUGGAGGUGGAUCAGGUGAUUCCUCUGCCCAGCCACCAGGAAGUGACCACACACCAGGCGCUGCCCAGUGUGGCGCAUCCCUCUGACCACAUCGCGCUGGUCUGUGACCUACGCUGGAAACUGUGACCUCUGACCUCGGCCUAACCAUCCCCCUAAACAAACUGCCAUCACACGAGGCGCUUCACCCCACCCCCCCCACCCCGCCCCCGUAGAGCCGCCCGGUGGCCGACAGUAGAAGGCUGUGGUGCCUGCUGUGUGCUCAGUAAACGCUUCCUUUGUGAAGGAUAAAAGAUAUUAAUAAAAAGAAUUUUUA